AUGACUUCGAUCCAGCUCUCCCUGACGCACUUCUGCGAAGUGCAUGGGCCCACCUCCAUCAUCUGCUCCCAGGUCGUCCCGUUCUCCUGUACGCAAUGCCAUCCCGACCUGGAUGAUCUUGAGACAACCACCAACGGCACCUCCUCUCCUCGCCAGUCCACGCCGCCCACCGCCACCUCCGAGGCGUCCGGAACCAAGUCGCCCAAGAUCGAAGAUCACCCGUAUUUUCUCCGCGCCCAACAGCCGGCGUCUCCCGAAGCCCAAUCCAACCGGGUCGGCGACGGCGACACAUGCGCCAGCUGCAGCUUGUCGCUGCCCGAAGGCGUGAGCAAGCAACUGCCAACUGGAGGAGCUACCGGCAAUCGCGAUGGCAAAAACAGCAGCAGCCCGGUCUUGCGAUCGCGCGAAGUCGUCUACUCAUGCGGCAACAACCACGUCGACCUGGACGACCAGACGCCCGAGCCUCAUGCUCACGCCCAUGCCUCGCCCCCGGACUCCCUGCACUCCUCCUCUGUCGCAUCCGAUGCAUCAUGUCAUACACACAUCCUCACCUACCUCUCCCUUCGUGGUCCGCCCAAUCCCGCCGACUAUGCGCUUCUCCGCCGCUCCUCCAUCCGCACGUUGAGCUGUGAGCUGCUCCCCCGCGGUCUGUCCUCCGGGCCAUUAUGCUUCGGCGAUUCCGUGGCCGGCUACACCAUCGCUUACAUCUUUCGUCUGCCCGACCCGAUGGCGCGCGGUAAACGCCGCAGUUAUGCAUUGGUGGCAUUGGCCGGCAAGGACGCCGGAAGGGCGUUCCGGGCCUGCCCCAUUAUCUGGCGCGCCUUUGGCCGCAUCGCAUCCAGCAUCGUGACCGCCGCAGAGCGGUUUCAAGAAGAGGAAAAGCGACGUGACGAGCAGAACAACUCCGCCAACAAGGCCGCAGGCCGACAAUACACCCCGGUCUCUUCAUUCCUCACGGGUCGUGCCAUGGACCCAGCUGGCAACUCGCGACGCCUCGGUCAGAUCCGGGCCCGCAAUCUUGCCGAGAUUGUCGGCAAUGAAUACAUCUUUACCGAACUUCAUGCCCAUUUUGUCGCCUUGCUGCAGCAACUGGGCUCGAUGUUUGGCGGUGUCCCCAUCUCCGACGAACGUUUCGUUUGCAGUACUGUUGGGGAUGAAGAGACUGCCGGCGCGGACCAGCCGGUGUUGGUUUCGACGAGUGCCGAGCGCGCGAAGAAAGCCAGCUCGUCUCCCAAUCAAGACGCCAAUGACCUUGAUAUGGGCAAGCUCAACAUCACCGCUGGCCCCAAGCCAAUACCUAUCACUACCCGUCGGUCCGUCGUGGCCUGA